GCAGGCAGCUUGUCUAUCAGGCAGGGGAACGGAGUGCCUGCAAUAGAAGAAGCCAGCAGUCUGCAGCUCUCAUUACAAAUACAGCAGCACAGUCUGAGACCUAAACACCCUUCCACACUGCAGGACCCCACCAUGGAAUCAUCUGUAUCACCCUAAAGGCUGGACCUAUGCUCAUCUGUAUUCUGUAAUGGAAUGUUCAUUGAAAACUCACCCUUACUACACUUUGUGACAGGGUUUUCCAGCCCAACACGUGGCUGCAGGAUAUAUACACUACAUCCAUGUGAGUAAGUGGCUGCAGGAUACACACACACUACUGAACAUCCAUGUAAUUGGCUGCAGGAUAUACACACUUCAUCCAUGUAAGUGGCUGCAGGAUAUAUACAAUACAUGCAUGUAAGUGGCUGCGGGAUAUACACACUUGAUCCAUGUAAGUGGCUGCAGGAUAUACACACUACAUGCAUGUGAGUAAGUGGCUACUUUAGGUUUCAGCACCCUUUGCUUGGACAGAGAACAAAUGAUUUAUUUGACUUCUCAGGGACAUUGGGUCUUUGUUUACGGCUACUAUGGAUUAAUGUGGCUCGUGUUUUAAAUGGGCAACAAAUAAUAAUUAAACAGCUGCUGUGUGACUUGGACCAGAUACAAGACACAUCCCUGGGAAAAGACUUUCUAAGUGCCAAUGACUGGAUGCCUAACUUACGGAGGUUGUGUGAUAUGGGGAAUAAGUAUGCACCUUUCCGUCUCAUGCUGUAGCAAGUAUCUGUAGCAGGACUAUUGGCACAUGUGUGGGAUUUCUGUUACAGUAUUGGCUGCUUUUCUCCGGAGUACAGUGCAUGGAACAUUUAGGACCCGGAUAAGACGGUGAAAGAUGAAGCCAUCAUUGUUUUUAACCUUUUUGAUCUGCUCUGCCAUUAAUGCUGAUGUGAAACUGGUGUCUAAAAGAAACUCUGCGGAUGGAUGCAUUGACUGGUCAGUGGAUCUGAAUACAUACAUGUCACUAGUGGGAGAACCUGUCCGAGUGAAAUGUGCUCUCUUCUACAGUUAUAUCAGGACUAACUAUACCAUGGCUCAGAGUGCAGGGCUGAGGCUCAUAUGGUACAAAACCAAAGGAGAUUUGGAAGAACCAAUUUUAUUUUCUGUGGCUAGAAUGAGCAAGGAUGAUGACUCUCUAUGGAUUCAUUCAGCAGAAGCAGAGGACAGCGGAUUCUACACAUGUGUUUUAAGAAACUCCUCGUAUUGCAUGAAAGUAUCAAUGUCCUUGACUGUGGCAGAACAUGAAGCUGGUCUUUGUUACAACAGCAGAAUACGAUAUGUGGAGAAGGCAGAAGUCACAAAAACAAAAGUAAUCUCCUGUCCUGAUAUUGAUGAUUAUAAGACACCAAAUGAAGUAACAGAAGUUGCAUGGUAUAAGGAAUGCAAGCCAAAGAAAUGGAGAAACUUGAUUAUACAGAAGGGAAGUAGCCUUUUGAUACAAGAUGUCCAAAAGGAUGAUAUGGGGAAUUAUACCUGUGAAAUUAAGUUUGAAGGCAGACCUAUUAGGCGGACUAUCCAGUUAAAGGUAACAGCUUUACUCACAGCGAAGCCUCCUAAACCAUUGUUCCCUGUGGAGAACCAGCCAAGUGUUAUAGAUGUCCAGCUGGGCCGCCCACUCAGUGUAUUUUGCAGAGCCUUCUUUGGAUUUAGUGGCGAGUCAGGUCCCAUGAUCUACUGGAUGAGGGGAGAGAAAUUUAUUGAAGAAUUAGAGAAUCACAUUAAAGAAGGAGUAAUCAGGUUACUUAGAGAACACCUCGGGGAGAAGGAGGUAGAAUUGGCUCUGACGUUUGAUGCUAUACAAGAAGCAGACCUGGGUAAUUACACCUGCCAUGUGGAAAACAGAAAUGGCCGCAAGCAUGCCAGUGUCCUCCUGAGGAAGAAAGAGCUGAAGUAUAACCUUGAACUCGCUGGAGGUCUGGGUGCUAUCCUUAUUGUCUUUGUUUUGCUUAUCACAAUCUAUAAGUGCUACAACGUGGAAUUAAUGCUCUUCUACAGACAGAAUUUCGGAAGUGACGAAGCGUCAGAAGACAACAAAGAAUAUGAUGCAUAUCUUUCAUAUACCAAAGUGGAUCCAGACUCAUUAGACCAUGAAAGCAAAGAGGAGGAACAGUUUGCACUAGAAAUUCUUCCAGAUAUCCUAGAGAAACAUUAUGGAUACAAACUCUUUGUUCCAGACAGGGACAUGAUCCCCAGUGGAACUUACAUGGAGGACCUAGCAAGAUGUGUUGAGCAGAGCAGAAGAUUAAUCAUUGUGCUGACACAAGAUUAUGUCAUCAGAAGGGGAUGGAGUAUCUUUGUGCUGGACAGCAGACUGCACAAUUUGCUGACCAGUGGGGAAAUCAAAGUGAUAUUAAUAGAAUGUACAAACCUGCGAGGAAAAGUGAAUUAUCAAGAAGUGGAAUCCCUAAAACAUGCCAUCAAACACCAGUCAUUAAUCAAGUGGGAUGGUCCAAAGAGCAGCAAAAUAAAUUCAAAGUUUUGGAAACGCCUCGUCUACGAAAUGCCUGCAAAGAAGAAAGAAGUCCUAUCUCGGCAGCACGUCAUGGACAGUGGGGAGCAGAGCCUUUUUGGAGAACUGCAAACUGUACCUUCCAUUGCUGUAACAGGGACAUCUGGCACACUGGGGCCAUCCCAAGACACAUCUGGUUACCAUCAUGCAGAGGCAAUGCAAAUGAGACAUUUCUGCAGAGCUUAUGAAUAUGAUAAAUCGGCUCCGCCUUUGCCGAUAGCAGCAUUAGGCAAUCACCACACAUAUUGUAAUAUACCAUUAACCCUGCUUAAUGGGCAGGUGAGCCACAGUAAUUCGGCAAAGGACCCAGCGGAGUACCAUGGGAACAGCACCUUCAUACCAAUUUCUUCAAGAGAGCUUAGCAUUACUAGUGACAUUUGGUAGUACAAAAUAAGAUGCGGACCUGCUGUCUUUGCUGCUGUAUAAGCUCUCCGAAGUUUAAUGAACCUUAAACUCAUGCCACAGGGGUGCCGAAACAAGCUAUCAAGCAAUGGCACAAUUACUCAGUUUUCUACUGGAACAUUUUGUUUACAAUCUCAGGAUACUGAUAUUAAAGGUCCUGAUUUUUUUAGUUCCAACAUAGUUUAAAAAGGUACAGUGUAAAUGUUUUAUUGCUAUGUCAGGAAAAACUAAAAAAAAAAACUAAAAAAAAAUACAAUAUAUAAAUAUUUUAGAUUAGAUGUUGCAAUUUAAUGGACUAAAGAACGGUAUGAGAAAAAGAGAUUAUUUCUAUAUAUUUCAAAAAUCAUUUCAAUACAACUGAGAAGAAUUAAGUGAAUUAUAGUUACUUUAUUUUAGACUAAUAUUUAUGCAAAUGUCAUAGCACAUUCUGAGAUGUUUUUUUCUUUUUAUAAAGGAAGGAUUGUGUGGUGUAGUGGAGGGGUCUGUGCACAUUUGUUGAGACUGUCACAUGUCCAUAUAUUCAGCCAAUAAAAACAUGCACAAUACAAUCCACAUAUUGGUGAAACCUUUCCAUGUCAGAGAGACCAUACAUGUCUUUCACAGUGAGGGGGAUAUUGCUGCACACUAGGCUUUCUUGUGUAGUUCAAGCACAAAUUGUUGUCAUGAUUCUUUACAAAUAUGGGGCGCAUGUUUCUUUUCUUGUUUCAACUGCACAUUAUAUACCCCGGUUCAUAAAAUGGAUUUAAAAAGCUCUACAACUCUAUAAAAGGCAAACAUACCAUAUAUUGCUGGUAUAUGCAUCCCUCAAGAUCUCAAGAUUUAUAGAACCGUUUUAUAAAAAAAAACAAAAAAAACUGGUCACCCAAAUCUGCUGUUUCGGAGAUGUGCCAAUCCUGCGGGUGUGAAAGCAGAAAAUGGGAUCUGGGAGAGUGACCUUGCCUGGUCAGGUCCUCCACCAUUCCUGCCCCUAUUAUGGCUGUACUCACUGCAGUGAUGUAGAGUUUAUUGUAACGGUGGUUUCCUCACAUAAGUGAUAUUGCAUGUCACCUAGCCUUGUCCACCUUCUUUACCUUCCUUGCUUCUGGAUCUCCCUGAAGCAAUGUAGGAAAAAUAAGCAAACAUUCCUUCAGGUGUUCCGGUUUCCUCCCAAUGCCCAAAGACAGCAGCAGUAGCUAACUGGGCUCCUUCACACCAAUGUACGCUACAAAAUGUAGCAAAUUAUACUUACCGAUAAUUUCAUUUCUUCGAGACACUCCAUGGCAGCCAUUACUCUGGGAUUUAUCCCUACUCCUAGAUUUUAGACAGGAAGUUUUUUCUAUUUUAGGCUCCGCCCCUCUGGGAAUAUAGGUCCGACCACCCCUAGCUUCCCCAGUCUUUUGAGUGUCUCCUUGACGGAGCCUAAGAAAAAACAAAGAUAUAUUGAGGUGGGAAACUAGGCUGCCAUGGAGUAUCUCGAAGAAAUGAAAUUAUCGGUAAGUAUAAUUUGCUACUUUCUUCUACGCUACUCCAUGGCAGCCAUUACUCUGGGAUAUACCAAAGCAUCCUAGUAGGGAGGAAAAUAAACCACACAGAGCCCAAAUGAUGCUUAAAGUAAAUUAUGCAGUUGCUUCCUUCGGUACUGCCUCUCCAAAGUGACCACCAGAGACAUCUAAGCCAUAGUGUCUGGUGAAUGUAUGGAUGGACGACCAUGUUGCCGCCAUACAUAUCUCUUUUAUUGACACCUGCGCUCUUCUUGCCCAGGAUGUAGCCACCGCCCACGUAUAGUGUGCCUUAAUGUGGAACUGGUCGGCCAUUUCUUGAUAGGCGAACGCAAUCAAUUCCGUAAUCCAUCUAGCAAUCGUGUUUUUAGAAGGCGAUUCACCUUUUUUGACUCCAGAGUGUAAAACAAACAGAUUUUUAACUUUCCGGAAGUCUUGCACUCUCUCUAAGUAUAUGGUGACUGCCCGCAAAACAUCCAGCAUAUGCAACCUCUCUUCGUAAUCAUCCGUUGGGUAUGGAAAGAAAGAUGGUAGAAUGAUCUCUUGGCUCAGAUGGAAGUUUGAAACUACCUUUGGCAGAAAUUCUGGAUUAUUUUUUAAUAUUAUUCUAUCUGGAAGAAUAUUCAAAUAGGGCUCCUCAGCCCAGAGAGCCUGUAGUUCUCCAACCCUUCUCGCUGAAGUUAUUGCUGUGAGGAAAACUACCUUCCAGGUUAGCAUUUUUAAAGAGAUUUCCUGCAGAGGUUCGAAAGGCGAAUCCAUCAGCGUAUUCAGAACAAGGUUCAGAUCCCAUGUUGGUAUAACUGGUCUGACUCUAGGACGUUCCCUCUUGAUGGCUUGACAGAAUCUCUGCACUAGGUUAUCCUCCAACAGCUUUCUAUCCAGCAAUAUACUUAAGGCUGAUAUUUGCACCUUGAUAGUUGAUACUGCGAGACCCAUCUGAAAACCUUCACUUAGAAACUGCAGUACCUGCGGGACUUCAACCGUAGAUAUUUCAACGUCAUUCCCUAACCAAUCACCAAACUUUCUCCACACUCUAUAAUAGGACUUUGAAAAAAUAUUCUUCCUUGCUUUCAUAAGUAAGGUAACAACCUGCUCUGAAAGGCCUUUACUUCUCAGGAUUGACCGCUCAACUUCCAUGCCGUCAAAUGAAGACUCUGCGGGUUCGGAUGGCAGAUUGGUCCUUGUCGCAGUAACUCUGGUCCUAUUGGUAAGGUCCAUGGACCCUGUAUAGCCAUUCUGAGGAUUGUGGGAAACCACACUCUGUUUGGCCAAUGGGGUAGAACUAUUAUAACUACUGCUUUCUCCUCUCUGAUUUUUCGUAGAACUUGAGGUAUCAUUGGUAGUGGAGGGUACACAUAACUGAGGUUGACGUUCCAUCUCUGGGAAAGAGCAUCUGUCCCGCUGGAAUUUGGGGAUUGGCACCUUGAAAAGAAUCGCUUCACUUUCAUAUUCUGAGAUGUGGCCAUCAGGUCCACCUGAGGGUACCCAAACCUCUGUGUUAUUAAGUGGAACACUUGAGGAUUUAUCUCCCAUUCUCCCGGUAAUACAUCGUGCCUGCUCAGGUAAUCCGCCACUAAGUUGGAUUCCCCUGGGACAUGAAGGGCUGUUAUGGACUUCAGGUUUUGUUCUGCCCAAUCCAAAAUCUUUGCUACCUCCACCCAUAGGUCUCGACUUCUGGUGCCUCCUUGUCGAUUUAAAUAUGCCACGACUGUCACAUUGUCCGAGAAUACUCUCAGAUGAGACUGCACCAGCAGCGUCUGAAAAUGUAUCGAGUUCCACACUGCCCUCAUUUCUCGCUUGUUGGAAGACAUGAGUUUUUCCUGGGUGGACCAUGACCCCUGACAGGUGUGAUUUAACAGAUGACCUCCCCAACCUGUGGCACUUGCAUCUGUUGUCAAAACAGCGUACUUGGGCUGCACUAAGGACACUGACCUUUGGCUUAAGCUCUGGUCUAACCACCAAUCCAGGGACUUCUUUGCUCCUUGAGUGAGGAUUAUCUUGUGGUCUAGGUCUCUGUCUAUACGGGCCGCUCUGAUUAUGUCCCACUGGAACGUUCUCAUUUUUCACCUGGCCCAGGGUACUACUUCUAUUGUAUAAGACAACAUCCCCACAAGACGCAGGCCUAGACGGUGUGAAAUGCUGUCCUCUACCUGAACUAGGAAUGAGAGAUCUUGAAUUUUUUUGCAUCGGUCUUCCGACAACGCCACCGUGUAUUUCUUUGAAUCUAUCCAAACUCCUAGGAACUGAAGGCCCUGCAUUGGAUCUAACUUGCUCUUCUUCCAGUUCACUAGCCAACCAUGAGCUUGAAGAAUCUGAAGAGUCUUCUGUACUGCUACUAUUAAACUUGCUCUCAUACUUGCACAGAUCAGCAAGUUGUCCAGGUACGGCCACAAUGCUAUGCCCGUCACUCUCAUAUGUGCUACUAGAGCUAGGAGAACUUUCGUGAAAACUCCUGUUGAGGAAGACAGGCCGAACGGUAGGCAGGUGAAUUGAAGAUGUUUCCCAAGGAAGUAAAACAUUAGGAAUCUCUGGUCGUCUUUGUGAAUUGGCACGUGAAAGUAUGCGUCUUUCAGAUCUAUAGAGGCCAUAAAGUCUCCUUGCUUUAUCCCUAAUAGUAUGGUUUUCAGCAUCUCCAUGUGAAACCGUUUCUUUAUAAGGAAUUUGUUUAAUCUUCUUAAAUCCAUAAUUGCCCUGAAUUCUCCCGAUGGUUUCUGAAUCAAGAACAUCCUGGAAUAAAAACCUCUUCUCUCCUCUGCCACCGGUACCUUUUCGACUGCAUGUGCUUUGAGAAGGUUUUUUAUAGCAUCUUGAAACACUGUUAUCUGUUCUUCUGACGUUGGAAUCUUUGAUUUUACAAAAUUCCGCCCCGUCGGCUUCUUUAUAAAUUCUAUAUGAUAACCCUGGGAGAUUAUCUUUAACACCCAGGCGUCCUGAGUUGACUCUUGCCAUUGAUCUGCAAAUUUCACUAAUCUGCCUCCUACGGGCGCAGUACUCUGGGGUAUCAUAUAGUCAGAAUUUUCUAUUGCCUCUUCUGCCAAACUGACGAAAGGACUGCCUGGUAGUUGUUGGAGUGUAUCUACCAUACUGUCUACCUGGCAUGUAUGACCUAGCUUCCUUAAACUGCUGCUUAGGUGAAGAAGCUCUAAACCUUGAUUUUCUAUCAUAUGGUAGCUUCGCGGAUUUACCGCCUGACAUGACAUUGAUUAUAGAUUCCAGCUUACUUCCAAAUAGGCGAGAGCCUUCAUAAGGAAGAGCUACCAAUCUGUUUUUUGAGUGGACGUCUGCCGUCCAGGUACGCAGCCACAGUGACCUUCUAGCCGCUACACCUGCUGCUAAUGAUUUUGCCGCAUAUUCGACUACCUCAAGAGAGGCCUCACACAAGUAUUCCACCGCCUUCAUUAUCACAUCCAGGUCUUUCUGCAGGUGAUGUCUGGAUACCUGAUCCUCUAAAUCAGGAUUCAGGUUGUUCCCCCACAACCUCAGGGUUCUGGUUGUUGACGCCAUAGCUACCCCAGCCUUUAGCGUCACCGCUGAUGCUUUAUAGACCUUCUUCAGCGAACUCUCAACCUUCUUGUCCAUUGCAUCUUUAAGCACUGCACCGUCUUCCAACAGGAUGGUGGUUUUGGAAACAACUUCUGCCACUGCAGCAUCCACUUUAGGCAACUCACACCAUUUAGUGAAUUCUUCAUCCUGUACCGGAAACAUGCGAUCCAACCUUUUCAUAUAAUUGAGACGCUUAUCUGCAGUCUGCCACUGUACUGACAUAAUCUUCUUCAGUACUUUAUGCACCAGAAAACAUCGGUUUUUCUUAAUCCUAUCUUCAAAUAAAGGAUCCUGAGCAUCAUCCUCCUGUGCUUCAUCCUUAAUGUUUAAAGCUCUAUACAUAUGCUUGAGUAAGCUAUCAACUAUAUCCAAAUUAAACAAUCUAUCUGGCUCCUGAGCCUCCUCAGAUUCUGCCGGAGAGGGACUAUCAGCAUAAUCCAAUACAACGAGACUAUCCGAAUCAUCUACAGCGUCCAGACUUGUCUGUGACCUGGACCUUUUCGCCCCCUGAAGCUCCUUUAAUUCACCCUUUGUUACGAAUGAUUUUUUCAUCCAUUCCAUAAGAUCCUGAAUUUGCCUAGAUUGGCCCUGGGAUGCUUCACAAUCAUCACACAACUUGCUAUGUUUAUCCCCAGAGAAGCUUUUUUUUACAUCCAGAACAAGCCAAAUGAUGCUUCUUUUUACAUGUUCUUUUCCUAGGAACUUCAGACACACUGCAACCAAACAAACAGUAUCCUAAACACCCUAACUACAUAACAUAAUACGUGCCCUAAAUGAGAUUGCUUACCAUUCCUGGGCACAUGAAGGCGUAGAGGGAGACCUUUCUUUGUCCAUAGCCACUGUAUCCUCCUGCAGCACUUCUGUUACUCCUACUGCAGCUUCUCUUAUUACUGGAGAUUCUGUUUUUACCCCAGUCUCACUCUCAGCGGUGGACCACGCCAUCUUAGCAGCCUUUAACCCUGGCUGCAGGCCGGCGCAUGCGCAGACCGAUCCGCGGCAACUUUCCGGGAUUCGGCAGCGCACUUCCGUCCGCCGCAUCCAGCGCUGCUUCCGCCCUCCAGGCUCAGCGUCUUGGCGGUCACCGGCGGUAAUGGGAGCCAGCGGCACCACUUACACAGGGCGCAAUUCUUCAAUAUCCCGGCGGGCGACCCCAUACAGGUACACAGUAGUGGGCAGACAUUUCUACUGCCACAGGCAGUAAUUAUAGUUGCUCCAUAAUUGAUAUCAUAGCAGUGUCAUCCAGCAUUUAUACUGCCACAGGCAGUAAUUAUCAUGCUCCUCCAUGGGUCCUUACUCCGGGUGCCAAACCCCUUCCAGCCGCGGCUCACAGAGGCGCAUUAGGCCCAGGUAAAAUCCUGGUAAGCCUUAUAUUUGAAAAACAAUAAACGACUACUCUGUCACUACCUAAGGAGACAGGAAAAAGACUGGGGAAGCUAGGGGCGGUCUGACCUAUAUUCCCAGAGGGGCGUAGCCUAAAAUAGAAAAAACUUCCUGUUUAAAAUCUAGGAG